UACAUUUUAUUUUUGACCCAAAAAUUGACCUCCAAAAGUAUAAAUGUAGGUACUUAUAGGAGAGCACACAGAAGGGCUGGAGGGUAAGCCCAGUGUUGCGAGCUUGCGAGAAGCAUCCGCUAAAGAGUCUGCAGCGUAAAUUUUCGAGGUUAAGUUUGCUUAUGCACAGUGGCCGUUGUAGAUUUGAGAGAUCGGUGGGUAAGAAAGUGGAUAUCGCUUAGUUAUUGUACGCAGGGUCGCAGGUUCAAGUUCAUGGUGAAAAAUGUCAAACAAGAGAAAACCAACCACGGAGCUAAAUCACGACAACUGGAAUCAAGAAGAGGAGAAGAUAGAACCCGGAAUUUUUGAGAAAGCCUCCGACGAUAUAUUGAGUCGACGGAUCGUGAAAACAGCUAGACGACGUCUUCCGCAAUCUGAAGAUGGUACGACCAAAAGUGCGUUUGGCUCAUUUACUGGGUUCAAAACAACAGCUGUAACAAAUUCUGCAUCACCUUUCAGUUUUCUAAGGUCAAAUUCGAGUGCCAGUACUUUGACCACUUCAAACUCGAAUCUUGACACUAUCAAGACAGAGACGAAUGGAUCUGCAACGGUUUCAGAAAACGGCACGAGUAGUCUUGCAGAAGCUGCGACCUCGACAGAACCAAAAACAGCUCCCACAAACAAAGAAAGUGCCUCCUCUGGUAAACCUCCGGAGUAUUAUGCAAAACUGAAGGGACUUAACCAGGGUGUUGCCAAAUGGAUAAAAACUCACGUCGACGUGAACCCCGUGUGCAUACUGACUCCGAUAUUCCGUGAUUACGAAAAGUAUUUAAAAGAUAUCGAGCAGAAGCAUGGAAAAAAAGACGAAAAUUCAAAAGUUACUGAGGGCGUUACAGAGACAAAAAUUGAGCCACCAAAAACGACCGAAAGUGAAAAACCAGCUGUUACGGAAGCAAAAAAACCAUCACUUUUCGUAUUUGGUAGCUCUGGCUCUAAGCCGGCCUCAGAAGGACAGUCUCCUAUUUCUAUUUUUGCAGGCGCGAGUAAUCCCGAUAAAUCAGUGUUUUCGUCUAAUUUAAAAUCGGAUAAUAAAUGUCCUUUUGGCAUUAAAAGCGACACAUCCAGCGACAAAAACAUUUUUUCGUCCAAGUCCCCUGUAGAAAAUAAUAAAAAAGAUGAAGAAUCGAAAAAGGUUGAGGAAAAACCAGCUGGCCUAACUUUUUCCCAGACUGCAACUACCGCGAAUUCUGGGCCCUUCAGUUUUGGUCAAAGCCCUUCUACCACCAGCACAUUAUCCGCAGGGUUUAGUUUUGGAAGUGGCAAGCCAUUCACUUUUGGAAACGCAGCAGUAUCCAAGCCGCAAGAUAGCGAGGAGAAAAAAAAUGAAGAGAAAGAAGAUGAUGAUGACGAACCUCCCAAACCAGAUUUUAAACCAAUUACGGAAGAAGGAUCAAUUUUUGAACAAAGAUGCAAGGUUUACGUUAAAAAAGACGGAAAUUACAGCGAUCGAGGUGUUGGCACGCUAUUUCUUAAGCCAGCUCCCAAUGACAAAAUGCAACUGAUCAUACGAGCAGUUAACUCGCUGGGUAAUAUUUUAUUGAACACAAUGCUCACGGAAAGCAUUCCAACGAAAAAAUUGAAUAAAAAUAGCGUAAUGAUAGUGUGCCUGCCACUUCCAACGGCUAAACCACCACCAGUCGCUACUCUCCUCAGGGUAAAGACCGAAGAAGAAGCAGACGCGCUUUUGGAAGCUCUUGAGAAACAUAAAAAAUAGUGGAAUAAAACUUUUCCCCUUUUUUUCUUUUUUUGCACGCAGCUAACCGCCAUUUCUUUGGUAAAUUCAAUUAUCUUAAUGCCUCAAGCAAAACGUAUAAACAUAUACAUAUACACCUAAUGGUAAUAGAUUACUACAGGACAUUUUAUUGCAACUCUACCAAACAUGAUAUUAAAUUUUCAAAUGCUCCCUGGAUUAUUUUAUUCGUAGCAAGCAAACGUGGCAUUAAGUUUUUUUUUUUAGUUUUUUUUUUUUUUUAGAAACGGAAUACUAGUACAUUAUAAGACUUCUAAUGAUUUUUGCAUAUGUUACAUUGUCAUUUUCAGUAAAUUUUACGUCUUUCAACUGAAUCUUAGACAUUGAAGAAUGUAUCUUCUGUAUUUUUG